AUGAGUAAAAUGCCCGUGGAACUAAACAGUCUUACAGAGGGAUGGCUAGAAUUAGAAAGUGAUCCGGGUCUAUUCACUUUACUCCUUGAAGAUUUCGGUGUAAAGGGUGUCCAAGUGGAGGAAAUAUAUGAUUUACACAAGCCGCUAGAAAGCCCAGUUUAUGGGUUUAUUUUUUUAUUCCGAUGGAUUGAAGAAAGACGUUCACGUCGUAAAUUUGUCGAACAGAUUGAAAGCUUCGUGCGUGAUGAAGAAACAAUAAAUAAUAUAUUUUUCGCCCAACAAAUGGUUCCGAACAGUUGUGCUACACAUGCGCUACUGUCCAUAUUACUUAAUUGCCCAAAUCUCCAUUUAGGAGAAACGCUAAGUCGAUUAAAGCAUCAUACACUAGGUAUGAACCCUGAGAACAAAGGUUGGGCUAUAGGAAACACCCCUGAAUUAGCUUGUGCACACAACUCCCAUGCAAUACCACAAGCUCGCAAAAAGACUGAUAAAAAUGCUGGAGUUCCUACUGGACGCUUUACAGGUGAAGCAUACCAUUUUGUAAGCUUUGUGCCCAUAAAUGGUCAUUUGUUUGAACUGGAUGGCUUAAAGCCCUUUCCAACUGACCAUGGUCCAUGGGCAGCUGAGGAAGAUUGGACCGACAAGUUUCGACGAGUCAUGGCUGAGAGAUUAGGAAGAGAUGCCGGAGAACAAGUACAUGAUAUAAGAUUUAAUCUCAUGGCAGUAGUACCAGACAGACGAAUAGCAUUGACUCAAAGAUUAAGUGCUUUAGAAUUAAACCAAAGGAGACUCAAAGAGGCCAUCUCAAAAAUAGGCAAACAUCUAAGACAUUUACUGAACAAAAAUAGAGAUUUUAAUGAAGAUUCAAUGUCUGGUAUGAACAAUGUUGAUGCGUCAAAUGAAAGUUCUAUUCAAAUAUGUGAAGAUGCAAUUCUGAAUGCCUUAGAGGCAUCAGAAGUGUCAUCCUUGAAUAUUAAUAUAACAGAUGCCAUUACAAUUGAAAUUGGUGCUUCGGAUAGUGCAUAUGAUAGUACUAUAACCUUAGCUGAUCCUAUUGAUCAAACUGCUGUUGUCAAGUUUGUUACAAUAAAUGGUGAAAAUGAGAUAUUGUCAGAUAUAUACCCCACAUCUACAACCGCACUGAUCAAGAGUAACAACAUGCCGGUUGUAUUGUGUUGUGAAGUGGUCCCGGAACAGCCUUACAGGAUGAGGAAGCUUCUGUUCACUCACGCUGAACUGAACUCACUCAUGAACAACAUAAUGAGUGAGGUCCAGGCGUGCCAACAGGCUCUCAAUGACGAGAAUGAUAAAAGAGAUAUGUACAAGGUGGACGACUGCCGUCGUACUCACAACUACGACGAGUUCAUCUGCACCUUCCUAUCAAUGUUGGCUGAGCGAGGCGUGUUGGCGGAGCUGGUCACCGCUCAGCUGGAGAGAGGACGCAGCGCGAGGGUUCGGAGACGAAGACCUAGACCCAGGCCUAGAGCCAGGCCGAGACCCAGGCCAAGAACGAGAAAGUGA